UAUGGCACCUUUGCUUUGUAGUCCCUCUUUUACAUGUCUCUGUUCAUCUUGUGCAGAGACCUGAUUAUUAAUAAUAAUAUACUUGCAGUUCAAAAAAAAGAAUUGUUGGAAUUCUGUUAUGCUAUAUAGCUGCUAUUUGACAACACUGACUUGGAUUAGUUUCCACUUAGUUACAUUCUUAACUAUGUUUUGUGCAGGUUCGCAUAUGGAAUAUGAAAUCUGUUAGUACGGACAUGGAAAAUUAUGACCCUUCUGAUAGGCUUCUUGCGACUCUGCGUGAUCACUUUGGGUCUGUCAAUUGUGUUAGGUGGGCUAAACAUGGAAGGUUUGUUGCAUCAGGGUCUGAUGAUCAGGCAAUAUUAAUUCAUGAGAGAAAGCCUGGUUCAGGAACCACGGAAUUUGGCAGCGGAGAGCCUCCGGAUAUUGAAAACUGGAAAGUUGUAAUGACUCUGAGAGGACACUCUGCUGAUGUGGUGGAUCUUAAUUGGUCUCCUGAUGAUUCUUCGUUGGCUAGUGGGAGUUUGGACAACACUAUCCAUGUAUGGAAUAUGAGCAAUGGUAUUUGCACUGCUGUUUUAAGGGGCCACUCUAGCCUGGUUAAGGGUGUUGCUUGGGAUCCUAUUGGCUCUUUUAUAGCAAGUCAAUCUGACGAUAAAACUGUAAUUAUUUGGCGAACUAGUGAUUGGAGUCUUGCACAUAGGACAGAUGGUCACUGGUCAAAAUCACUCGGAUCAACCUUUUUCAGACGGCUUGGGUGGUCUCCUUGUGGUCAUUUCAUUACCACUACUCAUGGUUUUAAGAAGCCGAGGCAUUCUGCUCCUGUUCUUGAGAGAGGCGAAUGGUCUGCAACAUUUGAUUUCUUAGGACACAAUGCUCCAAUCAUUGUGGUGAAGUUCAAUCAUUUUAUGUUUAAAAAGAGUUCCUCUAAUUCUCAGGAAGCGAAGCCUGAACCUGUCGGGUGGAGCAACGGUGCUUCCAAGACAGGAUCCAAAGAACCACAGCCUUACAAUGUUAUCGCCAUCGGAAGUCAGGAUCGGACUAUAACAGUGUGGACUACUGCUAGUCCCCGUCCUCUAUUUGUUGCCAAGCAUUUUUUUACUCAAAGCGUUGUGGAUUUAUCCUGGUAAACAACUUUUUUUUAAUACAUAAGACU